UGUGACAUCCAUGUUCCUCUACAUGCUGAUCUUCAUGGCGUAUCAUAGCUGCAGACGGAUACCAAGGAAUCAGAGGUUAAAAUUUCAAAUAGUGAAUGCAGUGUUCGUGGCACUUGUCCUGGUCCCUCAGUUCUACGUCAUGGGAAGGCCAACAUCCUCAAGAUACUGCAGGCAGCCUCUUCUGAAUAACUUAUCUGCCUCAAUCGCCUUGUGUUUCAUAGCUUCAGGGUUUUCUGUGAUAUUCACAUUGAUAGACCCAGUUCCUCAGAGCUUGUGGGCCUCUUAUCAUGUGUUUGGGCUUCUGACAUGUGGACACGGACUCUGCACAGCCAUCCUGACUCUGACAGCAGCCGCGUGUGCCAGAACCACCCCGGCGCUGUACUACACGUCCCUUAUUCUAACUGCUGCUUCUAUUUUCAGUACAGGUUUUUUCAUGGUGAGAGGAGGACUCUGGGUGACUAACAGGAAGCUUGAGACGGACCCAAGCAGAAACAAUGAGCAGUCGAGCAGUCCAGCUGCCACACGUUGACAUCGGAUCCUCCACACAUUAACAUUUCAUGUGGUUUCCAUGCCGCCGGCAGCUGGUAACUUUAAACCAUGAGAAAGUGACUUAAUCCGUCUCAAGUUUGAAACGCUCACUUGAGAAAAACAUCACUCAGCAGGUGUUUCUCUCCAUUGUUAAAGUUGUUUUACUUUUUAUUGGUUUCAUGUACUAUAACUGGGGAUCAAUCAACGGUCAUAGUAAGAGAAUAGUGAUGUACUUUUCACAGUAGAUUCAGUGUGUAAUAAUGAUUAUAGACCUGAAUGAGAGCUUCACUGGAAAAGCAAAGUCACAUUAAACACAUUAUCGCAAGACAAUUCAAAGGAAAUGCAUUCAAUUUUAAUCAGUUUGUAACUUUCACAAAAUGGAAAAUAAUAGUAAUGGAAAUAAAAUCAAAAUUAGAA